ACAUACAUAUGUCGGGAUCGAGGGUAGAAUUGAAACACAGGCGUCCACCCUCGGCGCUCGACGGAGUCAAGGAUUCAUCGGCUGAGCGGCGUGUCGAUCACUUCUCGUGCAGCAGCCGACCAGUGCGGUCGAAUAUUGAACCGUCGUGUGUUUCAACUGUAUACCUAGUCUGUAACCUCACAGCACAUCGUCAUCUGGUACACGAGCAACGGCGACAGCGGCAGCGGACCAGGGGACGCGGCGACGGCAGCGGACCAGGGGACGCGGCGACGGCAGCGGACCAGGGGACGCGGCGACGGCAGCGGACCAGGGGACGCGGCGACGGCAGCGGACCAGGGGACGCGGCGACGGCAGCGGACCAGGGGACGCGGCGGCAGCGACAGCGGGCCAGGGGACGCGGCGACAGCGGCAGCGAACCAGGGCGCGCGGUGGCAGCGGCAGCGGGCCAGGUGACGCAGCGUAAGCGCGGCGUAUGGUGAGAAGCGUAUUGAUGUCUGCAGUUGGACACUGCCAUCAUCGGGAAUAUUCAGGUGACCUUGUUCCUUUUAUUAUGAUUCUGAUACCAAAUGCUUUGUAGGAUGAAAACGAGUCAGCGUUUCCAGUUUACAAUUGUUGAUUUUGCGAUCAGAAGUAUUAUUUUACUUCUGUCGGGUAGUCAUAAUAAAAACUUAGUCGUGAUGUUUUAGAACCGAGAUCAGUUGAAGAGUCAUUAGAAUGACGUCUGUUGGGUAAUGUUAUUCUGUGUUGUAUAUUGUUAGGUUGAGAUUUGUGAUGUGUUAAGCAAGAAUAGAUAGUUCUAAACAAAAUUCAUGACAGAGUUGUCUAAUCAUCAGGAUCGGUGUACUUAGAGCCUAAUGUAGUAAUUCUAGAGAUCAAACAUUCUGAUUUAUUUUACAGCACCGUGAGUGCUUAUCACAGUCGUUACUGCAGCGGGGGCUCGAGUCCAUAACAUGAAACUACAGUCGUAGCUGACUUGUAGCGACUUGGGAGUCCUUGCGAGUGACUGUCAUGUGGUAACCUCGAAACAUUCGAUGUUGGCUAUUAAUUUAAUUUAAUUUUGAUUGAGGGUACCUAGACAUGAGAAAUGUUUCCAUUUUAGUUUACAUUUUAGUACGUAGAUAAUGUUAGACGGCUAGUCCAGAUGUAAUCGAUCAGAUCGGGUUUUGCCUUGUAAAGAAAACCACGGAGUUACGAGACGACUCAGUAUUUCAAUUUCAUAGUGCGUCUACAUUUUAUAGUGACGGUACAAUGAUAUUAGAUAUUUUAUGUUUUAAGAAUUUAUUUCAUAGUAAGAACAUGAUUAUGCAAGAUGUAGGUACAUUGAGAAUUAUUUUAAUAAUUCACUAAAAGGUGAUACUGACAUUUCAACUUUUUACCAUUAUGAGUAUUGUAGUUGUAGCUGUGGGUAGAAUGGUUGUUUAAGCGGUAGUUGCAUAUUUUGAUAGUGCAUCUAAAUUGAAUAGUUUAAGUUAGGUAAAAUGCCGAGAAAUCUAAAUUGAGGUACAGUAGGUAUACGACGUUCUGACAAAUAAGGAUGAGGAGGAUAUCUGAUCACUAGGUUCCUCGAGAAGUUUGAGAAAUGUAAGUGGUAGAAUUUCCUGUACACAUCGUUACUACUUGUACUCAACACUCAUCAUUCACACUCAUGCCCUAAACACUCGACACUGUGGACCGCACCGCAUGAGUAGUAUGUGGUGAUGGGUCUGGCACAAUGGACCGCGCUCAUGAGGAGCAUGAGGCGAUGGUCAGUGUACACACCGGACCGCGCUCAUGAAGAGCAUGAGGUGAUGGGUCUAUGCACACACUCACACUCGGACCGCACACAUGAGGACCAUGUGGCGAUGGGUCUGCACAAACUCGCAUUGAGACCGCACCCGUGAAGAACAUGGCUGUUGGGUCUUCACUCACAAGCACAUACUCACACUUACAUCAUGUACACACACUCACAUACACGUAGGUACUUAGAAAAAUAUGCCGACGAAUUAAAGUUAAACUGUCAUAAUUCAGAUAAAGUAGUUCAAAUAGCAGAUACCUUAGAGGGUAGAUUAUUAGAGUAGUUGAAGGUAGUAGAACCUGUGUUUGAGUUUGCAAGGUGAUCGUAGUUUAAAAGAUGUUUGUUAAUGAGGGUUUCAGUGCAAACCAAGGAGUCUAGCAGAGACUCGGUGUUCCCAUGUGGGGUUCACGUGAGACAGAAUAACUGUAUGGUACGAGAACUGUGCGUAGCCGUGAUCACUUGUAAAGCUUGAAUGCUUUGAGUUACUUGGUAGAAUCAUUAUUUUGCGAGUAACUAUGUUUGUGAAAUAUCAGUUUCACUGGUUUUGAUAUUGAUUUGUUUCGAUACAUAGUAACGAGUUAAGUAACAUUUUUAUGAGGAUGAUGGUUCAAGUUUUAGAAGGUCACGCAUCAGCCGAGAUUGGUUUUGAUGAAGUUAAUGAAGCUCGGUAGAAACUCGGGUAAGGGGACUCUAGAAGCCAUUAUGUGUUUGUGCUGUCUCUAUUCGUUUGUUGUAUGUUUGUGUCCGAUCACCUCAGUAGCGGUCGCGUAUUCGCAACCCGGUCACAAACGGAAUCUCCGAGUGUCGCCUCGAGAGUCCGUUCGGUGCGCGGUACGAGUUUGGCUCUGACGGGGGUCGGCGGCUGUCUGUGUUCGGUAUGUUUGUGUUCGAUCACCUCAGUAGCGGUCACGUAUUCGCAACCCGGUCGCAAACGGAAUCUCCGAGUGUCGCCUCGAGCGUCCGUUCGGUGCGCGAUACGAGUUUGGCUCUGACGGGGGUCGGCGGUUGUAUGUGUUCGUUUUGUGUCGGGGUCUGUAGAGGCCAUGCGUGUGGUUGCCGGAGGGCGACACACGGGAGAUCCGAGGGAUCUGAUCCAUGUGAUGGAUGUCAGCAAUGUGAUUGCUGGUCGGCUUGGGAGCCGGGGCACUGGGUGCAUUGCUCGUGGACUCGAGUAAGGGCAUGCCAGGGGCCAUUGUUGGUAGUUGCGUGGUUACCAGGUGGUGACGCACGGAAGAUCCAUGUGAUGGAUGUCAGCAAUGUGAUUGCUGGUCGGCUUGAGAGCCGGGGCACUAGGUGACUUGCUCGUGGACUCGAGUAAGGGCAUGCUAGGGGCCAUGUGAUGGAAGUCAGCAAUGUGAUUGCUGGUCGGCUAGAGAGCCGGGGCGCACUAGAUGUCUUACUCGGGAGUUUCUAGAGUUGUACUUAGUAGUUUGUAAUUUUUGUUAAUAAGAACGGCUGUGAUGCGUGAACCUAACAGUUUGAUGCUUUUGUAAUUGUGUGUGGAAUGUGGUCAGGAAUGACCGAGCUAUAUGAUACUUUGCGUGUAAUUUUCUGUCACAGAUGAGCUGUCACACGAGGACGUGUGCAAGCAGGAUGGCCGUGUCGGGAUCGAGGGUAGAAUUGAAACACAGGCGUCCACCCUCGGCGCUCGACGGAGUCAAGGAUUCAUCGGCUGAGCGGCGUGUCGAUCACUUCUCGUGCAGCAGCCGACCAGUGCGGUCGAAUAUUGAACCGUCGUGUGUUUCAACUGUAUACCUAGUCUGUAACCUGUUAGUUUGAUAUUGUAACAGUUAAUUAUCUUUCAUGUACUUUGUAACCAUGUUUGCACUUUGAGAGUGACUGAGACCUCUGAGUUUGUUUCGGCAUUUCUUCUCAGAGUAGUCGGUAGGAAAUGCCGGCCCCAUCAGUAGCUUAAGUAAAGUAACAGUGCAAUGUACAGAAUUAAACAAUAGUUCCAUA